AUGUCUCCCGAAAAGCCUUGUCGUGCAUGCAUGGAUUUUAAAUCGUGGGCAAAAAGUCAAAAAAAGGCUUUUGAAUCUGAAAAGGUAUAAGCAAGGAGUUUUUUUCUUUAUAUAGAACUGUAUACAAAACACAAACCAAUUUUUUUUUUAAUAAUAAGAAACAUUUUAUGAUUACACAUUCGAAAGUAUUACAUCAUUAUAAAAAUUGAUGAUAAAUAUUGAUUAGUUUCUAAAAUGUGAGAAAUAGUAUUAAGCUUAUGUUGUGAAACAAAUUAUUUACUCUCACAUUAUACAUUUUAUUAUGUCAGGAAUCUGAGAAAACGGAGAAGAAAAAUUCACCUGUAAAUAAAGUUAAACGCGACGAUUGUCCAUUAGAUAAAGAUGAAUUAGGUUCAAGAACAUGGUCGUUUUUACAUAGCAUGGCAGCAUAUUAUCCUGACAAUCCGACUGAUGAACAAAAAUCGGAUAUGACAAAGUUUUUUCACACAUUUUCAAAGUUUUAUCCUUGUUAUGUUUGUGCAGAAGAUUUACAGGAACAAUUGAAAAGAACUCCACCACAAACUAAUUCACAAUCACAAUUGAGCCAGUGGCUUUGCAUGAUACAUAACGAAGUAAACAAAAAACUUGGGAAACCUGAGUUUGAUUGUAAAUUAGUUAAUCAGAGGUGGAGAGAUGGUUGGAAAGAUAGUUCGUGUGACUAA